ACGUAGCCCCUCGGUGUUUACUAUGGCGGCUGUCUGCUAAUUGAAAGAAAAAUGCGGCUUUUUUAACUGCAAGACGGAGAACAGUUUUUCAAAGAAAGUCGGGACAUAUUGCUUUUUCAGAAUGACAAACAGAACCUCGUACUUUUACGACCCAGACGUGGGCAACUUUCAUUACGGUGCUGGACACCCGAUGAAGCCUCACCGUCUGUCGCUCACUCACAGUCUGGUUCUGCACUAUGGACUCUACAAGAAAAUGAUGGUGUUCAAGCCUUACAAAGCCUCUCAGCACGACAUGUGUCGGUUCCACUCUGAAGACUACAUCGACUUCCUGCAGAAAGUCAGCCCCAAUAACAUGCAGGGCUUCACAAAGAGCCUCAACACAUUUAACGUAGGAGACGACUGUCCUGUGUUUCCAGGUCUAUUUGAGUUCUGCUCCAGAUACACAGGAGCAUCUUUACAGGGAGCCACACAGCUAAAUCACAAGAUCUGUGACAUCGCCAUCAACUGGGCCGGAGGUUUGCAUCACGCCAAGAAGUUCGAGGCGUCGGGGUUUUGCUACGUCAACGACAUCGUCAUCAGUAUUCUGGAGCUUCUCAAGUAUCACCCUCGAGUGCUCUACAUCGAUAUAGACAUUCACCACGGCGACGGCGUCCAGGAAGCCUUCUACCUGACGGACCGAGUCAUGACCGUGUCCUUCCACAAAUACGGGAACUACUUUUUCCCUGGAACGGGUGACAUGUACGAGGUCGGUGCAGAGAGCGGCCGCUACUACUGCCUCAACGUUCCCCUGAGAGACGGCAUCGAUGACCAGAGCUACAGGCAGCUGUUCCAGCCGGUUAUCAAGCAGGUGGUGGACUUCUACCAGCCCACCUGCAUCGUCCUGCAGUGUGGAGCCGAUUCUCUGGGCUGCGACCGGCUGGGCUGCUUCAACCUCAGCAUACGAGGGCACGGCGAGUGUGUGGAGUUUGUCAAGAGUUUUAAGAUUCCUCUGCUGGUGCUGGGAGGAGGAGGGUACACUGUGAGGAACGUGGCUCGCUGCUGGACUUUUGAGACGUCUCUGUUGGUGGAUGAGUCCAUCAGUGAUGAGCUGCCGUAUAGCGAGUAUUUUGAGUACUUUGCUCCAGACUUCACGCUGCAUCCGGAUGUCAGCACUCGGAUAGAGAACCAGAACUCCAGACAGUACUUGGAGCAGAUCCGUCAGACGGUGUUCGAGAACCUGAAGAUGCUGAACCACGCGCCCAGCGUCCAGAUCCACGACGUUCCGUCCGACAUGCUGAGCUACGAACGCAACGACGAGCCCGACCCGGACGAGAGGGGCGCCGAGGAAAACUACACCAGGCCAGAAGCAGCGAACGAGUUCUACGACGGCGACCACGACAACGACAAAGAGAGCGACGUGGAGAUCUGACGGCUCCAACGCACACCUGAAACGUUUCUGGAGGAACCUAAAAGACUCUGAGCUGUCCUGCCUCCAUCAGAGCCGCCAUGACGCUGCACCACAGUCGUGUAAAUAACGUCGCUGAGUUUGUUUUCAGCCUCAGCGACGUUCGAGCGAAGUACUUUUUAAGACGUGAGGUUUAUCAGCGUCCAUCCAUGUAAAAACAACCUUUAUUUUGUUUCUUCCCUGUAAGCGCACAGUUUUAUUCCCACUUGUUUUCCUUUCGGUGUUUUCUUAGUAAUGAAAUGUGUUUGGCUUUUCGAGGCUGCAGCUGUAGAUGGACUUUCUGUCAGUUGGUCGGAUUUAAGAGCAGCUCUGCGUGACACCGAGGGUUUUUUUUUUUUUCACAUGCGCAUCACCUUGUAAGUUUGAAGCAGGUGUCAAAGAAAAGGCACGAGGAAGGUUUUGAUUUAUUUCACCUUACGGGCGAACACGAGGGCGCCUGCCAGGAUCCAUUAGUCACACAUCAGCCGGUUCAGAUGUUUAGAACCACGCAAAACUGCUUUUUCUUCUUCUUCUUCUUCUUCUUCCCUCCAAACGUACAGAUAAUUCAAAAUGUCAUUUCAGUUCAACGCUGUUCUGAUUUUUACAGCCUCUCUGGAGCUGUAUGUCUGGUGUUGUUCAUGUGCCUUACAGCUCUGAGAAGCCGGAGCUGGGCACUUUCACUUUAACGCUGAUUUGGAUUCUCACAGGACGGAGCUGCUCCCCUCCUGCCUUUUCAUUCCUUUUUUCUAUUUCUCGUCACAUUACUGUACAUACGGACGUGAUGUAUGAACUGUUGUUGAUGUAGGAGAAGAGCGUUGGCGAGGCUGGCAGGAAUCAGAGUACAACUUUAUUACAAUAAACUCAUGACAGAUGUACAGUUACUAGAAACACCUCCAGUCCUCUUUUAGCCAGAAAACAGCUUUUAUGUGAUUUUUGAUAUUGUCAUUGAUUUGUUUUUAAUAAAAAAAAAAAUGAAUAGAA